CAGAGACUAUAUACGAAAGGAUCGAUAGUGGGGUAUAAUGUUUGUGUUUUGAUUGUGUAUUUUGCAUUUAUUGUUUGAUUUGUGUUUGUGUAAUGUAUUGUUAUUGUGUGAAUCCACUGGCUCAAAUGGAUAGACCUUUAAAACAAUCUUGGCACGCCAGAUAAACGUAUAAUCGAAGUCGUUUUUGUAUUAUGACGCAGCAUGAUGAAGUUAGCAGGUCUCGUAAGAGGCUUUUCGAUGCUCUCGGUAACAAUGCGAGCAAGUAUCUGGUGCUUUUGCGAUUAUGGUUUCAAAUGAAGAAAAGCAAGGAAGAAUUUGAUCAGUCGGCUAGGAAGCUCUUAACGUCAGAUCAAGUGCACCUACACAAUGCAUUUAUUAUUACCUUGAUCACAAAAUGUCACCGCCUUUCUCCGCAUCCACCUUCUAUCUAUGAAAAUUCAGGCCGAGGCCGUGGAGGAAAGGGCCGCCGUCGCAACCGUGCUGAACGUGGUGGUUUUGAACCUGUGGACGUUUUUGACUACAUGCUUCCUAUGCAACAAAUACCGUCACAUGCGCAACAGGAUGCUGUUCGACUUCUGGCCCAGGAAAGGUUUCUGCCAGAUUUUCCAUUUAUGUAUAGUCGGACUAUGCUUGGUGCAUGGGAGCAUGGUCUUGAAGGGGCAGAGGAUGGUGCUGUAAAGCUUAUUAUGUCAGCAGUGUUGGCAUUGCUGCGCAAUAUUAUAUUUGCAACGAUUUGUCGCAGAAAAUCCUUUCAUGUUCUUGACAGUCGUUCUCCAUAUGGUGUUAAUAAACCAUAUAUUAACAAAUGGCUCAGGAGGAAGCUGGAUAAACCUCUUAGGUGUAGUGUUUUAAGGGGAAAGCCUGAUGAAAAGGGAGCAUCAUGCAGCCGACUUAGAAUUCUUGGACCAACAUACGAAGAAAUGGAACAACGUUAUAUAUUUGAACUCGCAUGUUCAUCUCGGCAGCCUCCACCCAACAGGCCAAUAAGCUUGUAUGACCUACUUGAAACAGUGCAGGUGCAUCGAAAUGUGAUUCCAUCUGCAAGUGUAAUGUCUCUUCUGGAGGAGAGAAUUUUUGAUCGCCUAAUUCACCGGACUCAUGAGGAGAUAAGGGCUAAACGUGUUCUUGAUAACUCAAUGUUUCUUUCAACUGAUCACCAUAAUUCCACAUUUAAAUCAAACAAUGAAAUGUGAGUGAAAAGGUUCAAUAGUACAAAUUAAAUCAAUUUCACAGGAGUUCAUAUCCACAUUUCUGCAGAAAACAUAAUAACGGAAUGUUACAUUGCUUGUAAAAAUUCAGAAAAACCAAUCAUAUUUAAGAACAUUUGCAGCAUGUUUCUAUAAGUAAAGUAUGAAUAUUCAGUUUUGUAAAUUACAAUUGUCUGACUGCUCCUGUUGUGAAAUAAUAACUACUUUCACAUAUUAAAAUCGUGGAGAUAAGAGAAUGAAGAUUUUGAAAGAUGGGAAUAUGAUUUGGUGUGAAGAGUGAAGGAAGAGAAGGCAGAAGUGACAAAUAUGUGACAGCCUGUUCCAGUUAAUUUUUCAAAAAAUGGGAACUGGAGAGGGAUGUUUAUAGGAUUGUAAUUAGGACAUUUACUCGUGAAGUUGGUGAAAAGAAAGACACAGAAGCGUGAACUGCAGAGAUCAUUUUUGUACCUGGUAUACCUCUCAGCAUGAAGCUGGUUUAAUCCAUGAUAAAUUCCUACCCUAUAAUAACAGGUGUUCAGCUAGUCCUUUAUGUACAGUAUUAGGUAUAAUAAAAUGUCAUAUCUUUACCCUUCAAGUUGGUAGUUGCCAUGCUUGCACCUAGCCUAUUGGUGAUAGUUUACAUGAUCAGGUGGCACAGGAGUGCAGCAUUUUAUUUAAAUUAUUUCCUUCAGUGUAGGAAUCAUGUGUUGAACAGUGAUGAAAUAUCCAGGAAUUCUUAACAGUAGACCCUUACUACAUUCAAGACAUACAUGAUUACUUGAAAUAAACUUUGUUUGAUAGUCUUUGAAGUAAUCUUCUAAAUAAAGCCCACUAUCUGCAGUAUGUGCCCAUUACUUUCCAGUAGUUCUAUUAUGAGACAUAGCCUCAAAUUUUUCUUUGCAUCUUCCUUUGCCUUUUCAGUGCUCUGAUAAACAAUAAAUGCACUGUACACUUGAACAUUAAUGGCCUUCUCAAUAUUUUCAUUACCACUUUACAUAUAUAUAUAAUUUCUUUUCACGAGGAAAGUUUGUGGUUCCUGGUUUCUUCCUACUUCCUCACUUCCCGAUGAAGGUCUUAAUGGUGCAUCAGCACAAAUAUACGUACGCUUAACUAAUGAAGUAGUGAUGCCCGUCGUCUACAGAUGCAGAAGAACACAUUUUAACAUGAGAAACUGCAACUGGUGAGAAUGUGGUCUUAUUACCACAAGUGCAGAAGCUCAGAGAUUACCAGUGAUUAACUCAGUUUCCUGGCUAGAGAGGUUAACUCAUAUAAUAAACACUUAAGAAAAAACUUAUUUGAAGGAAUACUAAGCAUGCAUUAGGUGUAAGAACAAUAAUAAAUUUUUCUGUUCCAUUGAAGAGCUAUAAACUCAGAACUCUGGUUGUAUAUACAGUAGAGUGUAGAUUAAAAUCUCCAGAGCAGCACUUAGAACACUAUAGAGGACUCGUAUUUCACAGACAGAUUAGUUUUAGUCUGAUUGAUGUUGCUGCAAGCAGAUAAGUUUCUGCACCAAGU